GCCUCUGCCUCUCUUGGGCCAGAAAUCCAGGGAUCCCGAAGACAGGGAAGCUAGCCUGUGGGUCUGUUUGCUCCAGUGAACUAGAUAACAGGAUAUCAGGAGCUCCAGCCUCCCUUGGUGGCCCAUGUCCUUGAAGGGGACCCACCCCCCUAGAAGAAAAGAGCCUCAAGAAAAGAGGAACAAGAUUUAACUAUAGAGAUGAGUCAGGGUAUGGGGCCCAGCAGGGAGGGAGCUGCCAGAGUCAUGUGUUGCUCAUUCAGAACCGUCAUCGUCAUGGUGCUUGGAUGGGCCUGCCCUCUUCCUUGAUAUGUUCUUCCCUGCCCAUCCUUGCCACAAUCCUCUGAAGCACAUAGCAGCAGUACUCAACGUCCCUGCUUCUGAGAACAGCUGCCACACAGAGCAAAAGACUUCGUGCUGUUCAAAACAAGAGAAAGCCAUGGCUACUUCAGGAACACCCCCUCCACCUUGGGAUAAGCAUGAUCCCCUCCAGGAAGAUGCAGAACAACCAGAAAAAGAAACCAAAAUCCAUGAAAAAGAAAGGGAGUAUCCUCUUUCAAAAGGAGAAUAUACAAAUGAUACUUCUUCUUGCUUUCCGUCUCCACCACCACCACCACCACCACCUUCAUCAUCAUCCUCUUCAUCAUCAUCAUCAUCGUCGUCGUCAUCAUCAUCAGACAGUGAUGAUGACCAACUCCAUGGGAUCAACAGAAAACCCCAUCCAGAUAUUGUCAAAGGUGAACCAGUGAUUAAGAAGGAUGAACUUCAGCUCUAUGGAGAUGCAUCUGGAGAGAUAAAACCCUAUGAUGAAUCAGAGCUCAGAAGAAGAGAAGUUAUACCAUCAGAAGAGCCAGAAAUAGAAGAUACUCAAGCAAGAAGAAUGAACAUAAAGAAAGACGAUGAAUUUUUCCAUUUUGUCCUCCUUUGCUUUGCUAUUGGGUCCGUGCUAGUCUGUUAUCACUACUAUGCAGAUUGGUUCAUGUCUCUGGGUGUUGGGCUGCUAACCUUUGCUUCUCUGGAGACGGUUGGAAUAUAUUUUGGCCUAGUGUAUCGGAUUCACAGCGUCCUUCAGGGUUUCAUCCCCCUCUUUCAGAAAAUAAGACUAAUAGGUUUCCGGAGGUCAGACUGAGAGGUUGGUUUUAGGGAGACAGCUGGCAUCAGGUUGGAUUUGGGAUUGUCAAUCCAGAAAUCAUAAAUCAAUCAUCCCACAACAACACCAGGAUAAAGGAACCCACGACCACCAACCCAUGCCUUGAUUAAACCUGUUGGAGAAUACUUUGUCCUUCAGGAUCACCUAAUGAGUCUGAGUAUUGGACCAGCCAUAGUUGUCAGGUCCUAAGUUUAGAUUGGUUUUAUUCUAAGGAUUGACUUAAUAAUGAAGGGGAGGGAAGGGAAAUAGAUGGAAGUGGAAGAGGACCCAUGUCUUCCCACCUGACUGGUUCUGAUUCUGAAGAAGAGAAGAUUUCAUUGGGAAAGCCUUGGGAGACAAAUGGUCUCCAUAGAAUGUCAUCAGCAUUCCUCCCAGCUUUGGUCUGAUCAAGGCCUUGACUAUGACCUUCUUCUUCGGCUUCCUCUGUGCUAGACAAUCUUUAACCAAGUGACAUUUGUUGAUCUGAACUGAAAGAAGAAAGAAAUUGGCUGAAAAAAGAGUUGGCCAGACCCAGAACCAUCAUCUAAGCCAGAAGGGAUGGGAUACUUCCAUCAAACUGUUGAGUCAGACAGAGAUUUACAGUUUCUUCAAUGAUUCAAGCUGAAAACUAUGACCAAUGGCUACAUAGGAAGAAAUAUAUCAUGCUGGGAGAAGAAAAAAAUCAGAAUAAAUUGUUUAUGAUCAUGAAAA